AUGCUACGUCGAUCCCUCGGUCAGAUUCGAUUCUACUGCCAGAAGGUGGAUCCAACGCAAGCGUUCGAUUUUGUACCUGCUACAAGUCACGAUAUGCCCGAUAUUGUCGACUUAUGCACUAAGAAAUUUAUACAUGACGAACCUCAUUCGAAGGCCUUAGGAAUGACAGCCGAAGCCUCAAAGGGACUUUUUGAGUACAUUGUGUCGAAAGCUUUGCACUAUCCCUAUUCAUAUCGGAUACACGAAAAGGGAACGAAGAAUUUAAUCGGCUUUCGCCUUCUAUCUAUUGGACACCGAGAUCACAGCUUAGAUGUCGAACCUAUGGCUUUUGUUCCAUCUAAUUUCCCAGCAGUAAUCCGCCUCUGUAAGUUUCACACCUGCUUGAGUCUGCAUAUUGAGAAUGAAGGACGUUUUCGGUGA